AUGCAGCGAAGCCACAUGUGCGGCUCUUGCCCGGUGCAGGAGCCUACCUUCUGUGAUCAGCUCCAGCCGUACAGGAAGCCCGACGGCAGCUGCAACAACUUGGCCAAUCCGCAAUGGGGACAGGCCUACUCAUGCGAACGUAGGCUGUUGCCGGCAUCUUACAGAGACGGUAUCAACGAGCCACGGGCGUCUAGAAGCGGUCGACCUUUGCCGAGUGCCCGUUUGGUCUCGUACAUGGUGCACCCGGAGAAGGACGUACCAGCGUGGAGCGUCAGCCACUUGGGAAUGGCAUUCGGACAGUUCCUGGAUCAUGACAUUGCCUUCGUGCCCACGGGAACGUUACCGCCGCUGGAAACUUUCUUAGGUGUCCAGAAUAGCUUCAACAAUGGCACCGAGAGCUUGACCAUGCCGGUGUUUGAGGAUGAUCCAUUUUACUCCCAGUUCGGUAUAACGUCUCUGCCGUUCACACGCUCCCUGCCUUGCUGCCACUGUCAAAUGGGUCCGAGAGAACAAAUGAACUCUAGGACAUCGUUCAUCGACGCCUCGCAUAUCUACGGCACCAACAAGGACAUCACGAACAGCCUCCGUGCAUUCGUCCGAGGAUUGCUGAAAUACCGAGAGGUGAACGGCUCGGUCAUAUUGCCUCCGAGUCUGGAUCCCGAAAACGACCGAUGCAGUCGUCCGAGUGAAGGCAAGAUCUGCUUCAGGACUGGAGACUUCCGGGGCAACCAAAAUCCCGGUCUCAUGACUCUACAUUCCUUAUUUCUCAAGGAUCACAACAGGAUCGCUAACACACUGGCUAAGAUCAAUCCUCACUGGAAUGACGAGAGCGUGUUCCAAGUGACGAAGAGGAUCGUCGAAUCCCGGUUUCAACACAUUGUCUACAACGAGUGGCUGCCGGUCAUGCUGGGUCCCACCGCCAUGACCCGUUACAACCUUAGGCCACUUAGAGCGGGAUACACGAAAUACGAUUCACGUGUGGAUCCAACCAUUGUGAACGAAUUCUCCUCGGCUGCCUUUCGAUUCGGUCACUCGAACGUACAAGGCCGUUUCACCCUGUUCGGCAAUAAGGCGGUCACGAACUAUUUGUUCCGUGAGCCAGGCAAGACCUUCGGCCACGACCUCUUUGCUAUCGAUAUUCAGAGGGGUCGGGACCACGGAAUCCGGCCGUAUGUGGACUACGUCCGCUUAUGUCGGAAUGUCACCGUGGAGAGCUUCGAGGAUCUUGUUCGUCACAAGCUGAUGCCGAGCAACAUCGCCCGCCUGUACUCGGAGAUCUACGAGGAUGUGCGGGACAUCGACUUGUUCUCGGCCGGCCUGAAUGAGCACCCAGUUCGGGGAGCGUCGAUAGGAUCCACAUUCCUUUGCGUGGUGGCUGACAUGUUCGCCAUGCUGAAAUGGGGUGACCGCUUCUACUACGAGCACGGUGGACAGGCCGGAUCGUUCACGCCAGAACAACUGCGGACGAUAAGGGAGACAACUCUCGCAAAGAUUAUCUGCGAAAACACUAGAGUUGGCAUCAGAGUCCAGCGAAAUGUCUUCCGAACGCCCAAUUCAGGGGAACCUAUCGUCAACUGCAAUGACUUACCAGACAUCAAUUUGGAGCACUGGGCUACCGGCAACGACUACUACGACAGGAGAGAUAAAGUGUAG